AUGGCUAUCAUUGGAGGAUUGGAUUUUGAAACAUCAUCUUAUAUAGGUGAAAUUAUAGGUUUCUUCAAGAUGCCACAGCUGACAUAUGGCUCAUUAGCCCAAGAUGCAUUUGAGACCAGUAAGCUGUCCUCACUUUAUUACAUGGUCCCAAAAGAGGACCAUCAGUACAUUGGAAUUAUCCAAUUGCUUCACCAUUUCAAAUGGACAUGGAUUGGGAUUUUUGCUGUUGAUAACAACAAUGGAGAAAACUUCUUACAGAAAAUGAAGCCCUUACUUUCAAAGAAUGGAAUAUGUUUAUCAUUUGUACAAAGGCUUCCCCAACUAAUACAUGUGGAAGACCUCUCAGGAGUUUAUGAAGCAAUCACAGUUAUCUACAUUAAUAUGAUGAAUAGCAAAGCCAAUGCAUUUCUCGUCUAUGGAGAAUCCUGGGCAAUUACAGGCCUAAGAGCUCUCAUAUUUAUGGUAGAUCCUGAAAGCAAGGAAACUGCAUUGUUUAGAAAGGUGUGGAUCAUGACUGCACAGAUUGAUUUCAUAUUAUCUGGAUUUCAAGUCAGUUGGGAUCUGCAGAUGUUCCAUGGGGCUAUUUCCUUCACUGUUCAUUCCACAGAUGUUGCAGGUUUCAAGGAAUUUCUUCAGACCAUCAAUCCUCUUUCAAUCCCCAGAUAUGGGUUUCUGCAGGAUGUUUGGGAACAAGCAUUUGAUUGUUCAUUUCCAAAAAUAGAAUUACAAGAAAUGGAUAGUAAUUUGUGCGCUGGGCAGAAGAAGCUAGAAGAUCUUCCUGCCCCUUUGUUUGAAAUAGAAAUGACUGGCCACAGCUACAGUGUCUACAAUGCUGUUUAUGCUGUGGCUCAUGCUUUGCAGGCUCUGUACACAUUACGUUUCAGUAGAAAAAAAGCUAUAAUGGGUAAAUCAAUGGGCCAUCUAGAUCUCCAGGCUUGUCAGCUCCAUUCAUUUCUUCAAGGAAUUUCCUUUAACAAUUCAGCUGGGGAGAGAGUGUUCCUGAAUGAGAAAGGGGAAGCAACAGGUGGAUUCGACAUCACCAACUUGAUCACUUUUCCAAACAGAUCCUUUCAGAGAAUUAGAAUUGGAAAGAUGGAUCUCCAGGCUCCAAAAGGAAAAGAAUUAUUCAUUGAUGAAGAUGGGAUUGUCUGGCACCCAACUUUUAAUCAGGUUCCUCCACUUUCUCGGUGCAAUGAUCCUUGUUUCCCUGGAUCCUGGAAGAAGGGGAUCGAGGGAAAUCAGUUCUGCUGCUAUGACUGUGCUCCAUGCCCUGAAGGGAAGAUUUCAGAUCAAAAUGAAAUGGAUGACUGUUUUGAAUGUUCAGAAGAUCAUUAUCCAAAUAAAGAAAAGAAAGGCUGUAUCCUGAAAGUGCUGGUCUUUCUAAAUUUUAAAGAAACCUUAGGAAUUGGUUUAGCUUCAGCAGCUCUUGGUUUCUUCUUCCUGACAUCUUGGGUGCUUGGAACAUUUGUUAAGUACAGGGAUACUCCUAUUGUCAAAGCCAACAACAGGUUCCUCACCUACAUGCUGCUUGUCUCUCUUCAGCUCUGUUUUCUCUCCUCUUUAUUCUUCCUCAGCCAACCUAGCAAAGUAACCUGCCUUCUCCGACAAUCAAUGUUUGGUGUCACUUUCUCUGUGGCCAUUUCAAGUGUGCUGGCUAAAACCAUCACUGUAGUUGUUGCUUUCAUGGCCACGAAACCAGGAUCUCAGAUGAGGAGAUGGGUGGGGAAAAGAUUGGCCUUUUCUAUUGUCCUCUCAUGCUCUCUCUUACAAGUAUGCAUUUGUAUUCUUUGGUUGUCAACAUCUCCCCCAUUCCCUGAGUUGGACAUGCACUCAGAGCUCCAAGAAAUUAUUUUACAGUGCAACGAGGGGUCAGCUUUCUUCUUCUACUGUGUCUUGGGCUACAUGGGAAUCUUGGCCAUUGCCAGCUUUAUUGUGGCUUUCCUUGCCCGAAAAUUACCUGACAGCUUUAAUGAAGCCAAGUUCAUUACCUUCAGCAUGUUGGCCUUUUGCAGUGUAUGGAUCUCCUUCUUUCCAGCCUAUCUGAGCACAAAAGGAAAAGCCAUGGUAGCUGUGGAGGUCUUCUCCAUCUUGUCCUCCGGGGCUGCACUACUGGGAUGCAUAUUCUUGCCAAAGUGCUACAUUAUUUUUGUACAGCCUGAGCUCAACCACAGGGAGCAACUCAUAAAGAGAAAUUAA